UUUAUCUAAGAAUUAACACCUCUGGUACAUGUUUGUAGUUACAGUUCUACAAUUUCUAAUCUUUUAUCACUUUCAUCAUCACAUGAUGAAACAGUGAAUUAUCAAGUCUUCACACUCAAAAAGAAAAAAAAACAGAGGCUCAUAUAUGAGGAAGAGGGCGGGCUUUACUUGGUGUCACUGAGAAAAGAUGAAAAAAGGUCAGACGAGUGAGAAGGACAAUGAAGGAAACGUCUCUGCAGCGUCUGCUCUUUCUGAGCUCUCUGCUGUUCAGCUCAACAAACCAAGCUCGUCUGACUGUGAGUCCCAGCAGCUCUCAGUUCUUUAAAGGAGACUUUGUGUCUCUGAGCUGUGAGGAGGACGACAGCUCUGCUGGAUGGACUCUGAGGAGAAACACCACCAAACGACAGAGGACUCAGUGUGGAGCUGGGUGGGGAAAACCAGCUGGUACUUCAUGUAACAUCAGCUACAUCUUCCCAUCAGACAGUGGAGUUUACUGGUGUGAGUCCAGAGAGGGAGCAACCAGUAACAGCAUCAACCUCACUGUCUCUGGACCAGUGAUCCUGCAGAGUCCUGUCCUCCCUGUGAUGGAGGGAGAUGACAUCACUCUGACCUGUAAAACAAAGACCACUCCCUCCAUCCUCUCAGCUAUUUUCUAUAAAGAUGGCUCCUUGAUCAGGACUGAGUCUACAGGUCACAUGACCAUCCACCAUGUUAACAGGUCUGAUGAAGGCCUCUACAAGUGUCACAUCAUCAGUCAUGGAGAGUCUCCAUCCAGCUGGAUCACUGUCACAGAGAAACUCACCACCACCACACCUCCUACAACAACACCUCCUCCUGGUUCCUCUCCUCUCCUCCCUGUGUUCUUGUCUCUUUCUUCUGUUUGUUCUCUGGUUCUCCUGGUGUUUCUGAUUUUCCUGGUGAGACGACGUGUUCGUAGGAAACAUGAAGCUGUUGAAGAAAACGUCACAGAAGACGUCACGUACAGUGACGUAAUGAUAACACGGAACAAGAAACAGCCAAUCAGACGGAGCAGAGACAGUGAUCCAGCUGCAGUCUACUCAGCAGUGAGAACAACACAAGAUGUCAGUUAUGGAGAAAUAUUCAUCAGAGACAAGAAACGCAAGUCAAAGACCAGAGAGAGUGAUCCAGCUACAUUCUACCCAGCAGUGAGAACACAGAACGUCACUUAUGGACAAAUAGCCAUCAGACCAAAAAGGACCAGAGAGGUUCCACCAGAGCCAGAGGUCAUCUACUCUUCGCUGAAGUAGUCCACCCGUCCACCCACUGAUGUCCAGCUGCUGGACAGAGUCCAUUGGCUGGUCCAUUCAGCCCCUAAAAUAGUUUCAUCAGUAUGUUUUAAAUCUCUCUAAAUUAAUACAAAGCUCUGCAAAAUCAGCAAUGUGUAAAUAUAUUAGGUUUUAGUAGUUGCUUUCAUAUAUCUUUGUUAAUAUUAGCUCUGUUAUGUUCUCAGUAACAUAAAUUUAAGUUUAUUCGUGACUGUAGCAGUGGUCUGGUUUCUCUGCAGGAUCAAUAAACUUUGGUCUAAUUUGUUGUUUA